UCUUCCUCACUCCCGUUUCCUUCUGCUUUUUCCCUCCGCGUCGUUUCUUGUUUUCUUGCUUUGAUGUGCUCCUCUCUGAAAAACUGAGAAUCUGGAAGUAUGUGUGGAGGCGCUAUCAUCUCCGAUUUCCUCCCUCAGAAACUUGGUCGGAAAUCGACCGCCAACGACUUCUGGUCUGACCUGGAAACUGUCGCUGACCUCUUUGGACUCGAUCCUACCGCUGCUCUUCCUUCCAAACACAGUCUGAAGCCUGAAGCUUCCCUUCAUGAUCAGAAACUCCCUCUGAUUCCAACUACCCCAGCAGUGACAUGUGAGAAUAGUAACAAAAGUGACAAUAAAAACAAGAAGCCUGAGAAGAAAAGCGGAGGCGGAAGGACUCGCAAGAACAUCUACAGAGGAAUCCGGCAAAGGCCGUGGGGCAAGUGGGCCGCCGAGAUAAGGGACCCACACAAGGGCGUCCGUGUCUGGCUUGGUACCUUCAACACCGCCGAAGAAGCCGCCAGAGCUUACGACAAAGCAGCCAAGCGCAUCCGCGGGGACAAAGCCAAGCUCAACUUCCCGCCAGCUCCUCCUCCUCCUUUGUCUCCGACUCCGACUCCGGGUCCGGCUCCCCUGGAACCGCCCCAGAAGAAGCAGUGCCUCUUCCCCGUCCAAAACGACGCCGUUCAGCUCAGCCAACAAAUCUCAACCCUCGAAUCCUUCCUCGGUCUGGACGAAAUCAACAACAACAAGAACAACACCGCUGAUGUUUCGCAGCCGAUGGGAGCAGGCGGUGGCAUGCUGUCUGAGUGGGACCCCAUGGACGAUAACUGGAUGCUGAACGACGUCGUUAUGCACUACCUGCAUCAUAACGUUCACUUCUAGAAGAAAUCUUGAUAUGGAUCAGUGACGAUAUGACGAUAUAUGUAUGUAUGUUUGUGUAGAAGUACGUCGUUUAGUUUAUGCUUGUGGCUUCAUCGUCGGCGAACUCAUAUUGUAAGUAAUCAAAUGCUUGGUGUACUGUGUUGAACAGGGCGUGUGGAAGAUUGCAUGUUUGUUUUUUGUUUAUUAAUAUAUAUUAUGAACUAUAAUAUUCUCCAGGCGUACGAACAAAA